UACCAAACUAAUUAAGCUGGCAGCAAAAUGGCCGCCGUCCACAAGAGCAUUGCACCGUCGGUCCUCCUCCUCCUGCCGCUGAUGCUGUCUUUCACGGCGGCGUCGGCACGGUACUCGACUCGCACCGCCGACUACUCGGUGCUAAGGAAGGUGCCUAGUGGUCCGGACCCCAUAACUUCUGACCCACCCCCACCGCCGGCCACCAGCGCACACUUCUCGGUGCUGAGGAAGGUCCCCCGUGGGCCGGACCCCAUCACGUCCAACUCACCACCACCACCGUCGGCCACCAGCGCACACUUCUCGGUUCUUCGGAAGGUCCCCGGUGGGCCAGACCCCAUCACGUCCGACUCACCGCCACCACCUCAGAGGGACUUCUCGGUGCUCAGGAAGGUUCCGACCGGACCAAACCGAGAGACGUCCGACUCACCGCCACCACCUCAGAGGGACUUCUCGAUGCUCAGGAGGGUUCCUACCGGACCAAACCCGGAGACGCCCGAUUCACCGCCACCACCUCAGAGGGACUUCUCGGUGCUCAGGAGGGUUCCUACCGGACCAAACCCGGAGACGCCCGAUUCACCGCCGCGACCACCACCAACAGCUCCGGCUUCUCGUGCGUGAUGCAACUAUCAGCGCAAUACAUGUUGCUAGCAUUCAGUGUUAGCUACUAGGGAAUAAUAGUGUAUUGCGUGUUUACUUUUUGUAUAUUUGCUUACGGAGUACUUCCACUUCGGGGCAGUUUACAGAUUCAUGCAUGCCCGAGAUGUUAAAUGAAUUGAUUUACUGGA